AUGGUUCCAUUUAGCAAUUUUUUGAUCCUAUUUUCUACUCUGUUUUUCGUAACAUCAACUGCAUAUGAUGGAGCCGGAACUUCAUCAUCGAUAUACGAAGUGCUUAAGCUUCAUGGGCUUCCGAUGGGAUUGUUACCGAAAGGCGUAAAGGACUUCAUUUUGGAUAAUUCUGGGAAAUUCGAGGUUCACUUGGAUCGCGCUUGCAUUGCCAAGUUUGAAAAUGAACUGCACUAUGAAAGGAAUGUUUCGGGUACUUUGCGUUACGGGCAGAUCGACGAGCUAUCCGGGAUUUCUGCGCAGGAUUUGUUCCUGUGGUUCCCUGUUAAGGAAAUCCGGGUGGAUAUUCCGAGCUCUGGGUUGAUUUACUUUGAUGUUGGUGUGGUUUCAAAGCAGUUUUCAUUGUCUUCUUUUGAGACUCCCAGGGAUUGUUCGGCCGUGCAACUCCCAGAUCUUCAGGAUGGUAGACAUAUAGCCCAAUCCGUGUCUAAGAGCCUACGCGGGAAGCUCCGGUACCAUGAUCUUGGAAGGACAGCAUCGUCAUAG